AUGCCUGUCGGAUCAGAAGGUGUCUCUGUUACAUCAAGUAAUUCUCAAACUUUAUCCUCUCCUUCAUUGCCACCCACUAUUACACCACCACCUGAUUAUACUCAACCGCCAACGUCAUCCACACCAUUAAUGAUAAGCAGUAAAGGAGCUACUACGUCUAUGAUCUCAACUACCAUUUUGACUGCUUCAAUGAAUGAUCCUUCGGCUGAUGUUACCAAGCUCUCUCAAUUUAUGGACAAUCAACACCAAUCUCACUGGAAAGCAGUGAAGCGAUUACAUCGUUAUCUUUGUCACACCUACCAAUAUGGCAUACAGAUUUUUAAAGCUCCAUCUUCUCAUUUGGUUAUUUAUUCUGAUUCAGAUUGGGCUAGUGAUCCAAAUGAUCACACUUCUACCUAUGGCUAUAUUACUUUCAUGAGUAUUACACCAAUUUCAUGGUCCUUCAAUAAACAAUUCUCUGUAACUCGGCCCACUACAAAAGCUGAGUAUAGAGUUGUGGCUGCUGCUAUUGCAGAAACCAAUUAG